AUGGCCGCACGCAUGUUCGCCCCAAAGGUUGCCUCUCUCAUGGGAUCAACCUCUACAAAGGUCGCUCGCCCUGUCAUCCGUAGCAGCGUCAAAGCCAAUGCUGUCUCCCAGCGCGCCUUCUCUGGUGUCCGCUCCAGCACCCCUUUCCAGACCAUGAAGCGUCAGCAAGCUUCCCAAAUCCUCGCUGCCACCACCCGUAAUGCCAUGGGCCGCCAAACCACUCGUUCAUUCAACUCUGAGAUCGCCACUGCCAUGGUUCAAGUCUCCCAGAACUUGGGUAUGGGUUCCGCUGCCAUCGGUCUUGGUGGUGCUGGUAUCGGUAUCGGUAUGGUCUUCGCCGCCCUCUUGACCUCCGUCGCCCGUAACCCAAGCAUGCGUGGACAACUCUUCUCUUACGCCAUUCUCGGUUUCGCUUUCGUUGAGGCCAUCGGAUUGUUUGAUCUCAUGGUUGCCAUGAUGUGCAAGUACGUGUAA